CCCCCAUUCCUCCUCCUCCAAACCCAUUUUCCGAGAAAACAGGGAAAGAGAAAAGGAACUCCCGCAUUGAAUCAGAGAAAAGAUGGCGAAGUUGCCGGAGCAAGAACAUCCAGAGGCGGCACUUGGCUGGGCUGCGAGAGACGCCUCCGGCCUUCUCUCUCCCUUCAAGUUCUCCCGCAGGGCGACUGGAGAGAAAGACGUUAAGUUCAAAGUGUUGUUCUGCGGGAUCUGCCACACCGACCUCCACAGCUUGAGGAAUGACUGGGGAUUCUCUACUUAUCCUCUUGUUCCUGGGCACGAGAUCGUGGGUGAGGUCCUGGAGGUCGGAAGCAAGGUGGAGAAGUUCAAGGUGGGAGACAAAGUGGGAGUUGGUUGCAUGGUCGGAUCGUGCGGCUCCUGCGACAGCUGCCACGACCAUCUCGAGAAUUACUGCCCCAAAAUGAUACUGACCUAUGGCUCCAAAUACCAUGACGGGACGAUGACCUACGGUGGAUACUCCAACAUGAUGGUGGUGGAUGAGCACUUCGCCAUCAAAUUCCCGCAGAACAUGCCUCUCGAUGCCGGCGCACCUCUGCUUUGUGCCGGGAUCACUGUCUACAGCCCGAUGAGGUUCUACGGGCUUGACCGCCCAGGGGACCACUUGGGCGUGGUGGGUCUUGGUGGACUGGGCCAUGUAGCUGUGAAAUUCGCAAAGGCGAUGGGGCUUAAGGUGACCGUGAUCAGCUCCUCCCCCGGCAAGAGGGAGGAAGCGCUCCAGCAUCUUGGCGCCGAUGCGUUCCUUGUUAGCAGCGACGUCAGUCAAGUUCAGGCUGCGACAGGAACAAUGGCUGGUAUAAUUGACACGGUUUCAGCAGUGCACCCGAUAUUGCCCUUGAUUGGUUUGCUAAAAAAUAACGGGAAACUUGUCCUCGUCGGCGCUCCCAAUCGGCCUCUUGAGUUGCCCGUCAUCCCCUUGAUCGCCAUUUUAGGGAGGAAGACUGUGACUGGGAGCAGCAUCGGUGGAGUGAAAGAAACUCAGGAGAUGAUUGAUUUUGCCGCAAAGCACAACAUAACUGCUGAUAUCGAGGUCAUUCCGAUCAAUUAUUUGAACACAGCAAUGGACCGCCUUGCCAAGGCCGAUGUCAAGUAUCGGUUUGUGAUAGACAUCGGCAACACCUUAAAAGAAGCUUGAGGUUCCCGGAGGCUCUGAUUAGGUUGCCUAUGAUGAUGUCGAGUAAAAACUUUGAUGUUCAAAUAAACUUCGACCAUCAGAUUUUCAGGUUG